AUGCCAUCCUACUUCAUCACAGGCACCUCCAGCGGCAUCGGCCUCGAGCUCGUCAACCAGCUCAGCAAGGACCCAGCAAACCGCGUGUUCGCCUCCUACCGUCGCUCCACACCGGAGCUCGAGGAGCUUGCGCGCGCCCCUAACGUGAAAACCGUCCUUCUCGACGUCGACGACCAGUCCUCCAUUGAAAACCUCACCUCCCAGCUUCCAGACGCCCCACUAGACGUCCUGAUCCUCAACGCAGGUAUCGCCAAAACGUUUGACCCUGUGGCCGCCACCGCUAGAGACAUGUGGCUCGACCACUUCGUCACCAACACUGUCGGACCAAUAAUGGUGUUCCAGCAGCUGCAGCAUCUCCUCGAGCGGUCCUCCAGCCCCCAGGUGUACUUUGUGUCCACAAUGGGAGGAUCCAUCCAGAGCCACCUGCCGUUCCCGUCAGGCGCAUACGGCGCCUCCAAGGCCGCCCUCAACUUCAUCGCUAGAAAGCUGAGCGAGGAGUUGCCGCACAUCAAGGUCGUCUCGGUGCACCCAGGCAUGGUGGCAACCGAGAAGGCCCUCGAAACUGUUGGCAGGGCCUUUGCGGGAAACGAGGCCGUCAAGGCCAAGCUCAUGGCAAUCUGCAUCUCGCCGGAGCAGAGCGCAGCCAAUAUCAUUGCCGCCAUCCACUCGCCCAUCAGGUCCGGCCGCUUCAUCAGAGUCGACGACCAGUCGGACAUCCCGUUCUGA